UCUUCAACCUUCCUUCCUUCCUCUGAUAAUGAUGAUUCCAUAGCAUAUAAAGCUUUGUCUCUCUUCUCUCCUCUCUCUCUGUCUCUCUCUCUCUGCUCAGUUCUGAUUCAUCUUCCUUUUUUUUUUUUUUUGGAUUUUGUUUCCAUUCUCUUCUGCUAAAUUAAUUUUCCCUUUCACUGCGGCAGCAAAAUCUGCUUCUCUCUCUCAGAAACGGUACAUAAAGUUUCCCCGUCUCAGAUCCCAAUAUCCCCCCCCUCUCUCUCUCUCUACUCUCUCUCUCUCUAUGCGACAAACAACCCUCUGUUCCCUUCCGCCCCGUCUUCUUCUUCCUCCCUCCUCCAUCAUCAAGCAGAGAGCUCAGAGCUCAGCCCAGCUCAGGUCUCAUAAUUUCUCCUCUUGCCCACAAGAGGGGUCUCUCUUGUGGUCCCCACACUCCCUCUCCCCUCCAUAGUACUACUGUUGUUAGCGUUUCCCCUCCCCCACCGGCGAAGGUGAAUGCAGGAGCAGAACCACCUGGCCAUGAUGGGGGGCGGCCGCGGCGGCGGAGGGGGGAUCGGCGGCCUUGCCGCCGGGGAAGGGACGGUCUCGGCGGCGGACCUGCAGAAGCUGAAGGCGGAGAUAGCCACCCACCCGCUGUACGAGCAGCUGAUGUCGGCCCACGUGGCCUGCCUCCGCGAGGCCACCCCGAUCGACCAGCUCCCCCUCAUCGACGCUCAGCUCGCCCAGGCCCACCACCUCCUCCGCUCCUACGCUGCCGCCGCCCAGCAGCAGCACUCCCUCUCCCCUCACGACCGCCAAGAGCUCGACAAUUUCUUGGCACAAUAUCUGAUAGUGUUGUGCUCAUUCAAGGAGCAGCUGCAGCAACAUGUAAGGGUUCAUGCUGUGGAAGCUGUCAUGGCCUGCCGGGAGAUCGAAAACAACCUCCACGCUCUCACCGGAGCAACUCUAGGUGAAGGGACAGGGGCAACAAUGUCGGACGAUGAGGAUGAUCUUCAGAUGGAUUACUCAUUGGAUCAGUCUGGAGCUGAGGGCCACGACAUGAUGGGAUUUGGUCCUCUCCUUCCCACUGAAUCCGAGAGGUCUCUAAUGGAAAGAGUUCGUCAGGAGUUAAAGAUCGAGCUCAAGCAGGGAUUCAGGUCGAAGAUUGAGGAUGUGAGGGAGGAGAUACUGAGAAAGAGGAGGGCAGGGAAGUUGCCUGGUGACACCACCUCGGUCCUCAAGAAUUGGUGGCAGCAACACUCUAAGUGGCCCUACCCUACUGAGGAUGACAAGGCAAAGCUGGUGGAGGAGACGGGGCUGCAGCUGAAGCAAAUCAACAACUGGUUCAUCAACCAGAGGAAGCGCAAUUGGCAUAACAACUCGUCCCACUCCGUCACUUCCUUGAAGUCCAAGCGCAAGAGGUAGACGUACAUCAUCAACAUUACUCGCUCGAUCAUUCGUGUGAUUGCGACGUAUUAUUAACACUACAAUAACUAGCUAGAAAGUCGAAUAGAAGUUAAGAUGAACAUCAACAAAUCGAUAGAAGUUAAUCAUCAGUGGCUGCUCAUCUCCAGCUAAUAUGUGAUUCAAGAACUCAUCAUUAAUUUUCUUCUCUCUUUUUACUGAUAUACAGUGUAUGUAUAGGUAUAAAACUGGGGGGCUUUUAUUGAAUAGCUUUAUUAACUCGACUUUUGUGCAUUAUGGAAGUCAAUCUGUUAGGUCAUUGCUUGCAGUGAUCUAUUAAUUACUUUUCAGGGAUAUGUACUUCAAAUUUCUGGUUCGGUCUGCAGUCGAAAUUAAAUUUCCCUUGGGAUAUAUAUGGUUUGCAUUUUGUAUCAUUUCCAGAGAGAAA